AUGAAUAUUGGCCUACAAAUGGGAGAAGAGCUGUGCGCAACAGGGGAGGUGCAGCUACAUUGUUUCACGGACGCCUCCGAAUCAGCCUAUGGAGCCUGCAUCUACGCUCGGACGGAGAAGGCCAACGGGGAGGUGAAGGUGGUACUACUAGCGGCGAAAUCCCGAGUAGCACCGCUUCAGAGACGCAGCAUCCCGAGACUAGAAUUAUGCGCUGCUCAGCUAGGCGCUCGCUUAUCGACGAGAGUUGUUGACACACUGGACCUGAAAUCUACACCCAUCUACUACUGGACCGAUUCGAUGGUGGUUAUUUAUUGGCUACGAGCACCAUCACAAACCUGGAAAACCUUUGUGGCUAACCGAGUGGCAGACAUUCACAUCCUAACGAAGAACGCAUCAUGGCAGCAUGUACCCGGAGUAAACAACCCAGCCGACGUCGUCUCCAGAGGCUUAACUGUGCACCAGCUUCUGAACUGCAAACUAUGGACCGAUGGACCCGAUUGGUUGGGAAGGGGAGACGAAAAUUGGCCGAAGUUGGAGAUCCCGAGAACCACUAAUAUUGAUGGAGACACUGAGCGCAAAACCACCACCUUGCUAAUCCAAAAUCCACCACCACCUCACCCUUUGUUUACUCGAUCAUUCUCGUACAAUCGUUUGCUCCGUACGACUGCUUAUUGUUUGCGAGUUUCUCGGAAGGCGAGAAAAGAACUCAUAGAAUCCACUUUAAUCCUCACUCCCACUGAACUCGAAUCUGCCAGAGACUGCCUGGUAAAAUUAGUUCAAACAGAAUGUUACCACACCGAAUUGAGCUUUUUACGAAAAGGGAAACCGGUACCCAAAAAAUCCGCACUGCGUUUGUUAAAUCCUUUUGUUGAUGCUUCGGGAAUAAUCCGAGUCGGUGGCCGGCUCAAAUUAUCCUUGGAAACCUUUAGCACCAAACACCAAAUCCUGCUCCCCGGAUUUCACCGUUUCACCCGAAUGCUUUUGUUGUUAUUUCACAACAAAUUGGUUCACGGGGGAAUAGCGCUUACGCUUGGUGUAGUGCGCAAUGAAUAUUGGCCUACAAAUGGGAGAAGAGCUGUGCGCAGCGUAAUUCGAACCUGUUUUCGUUGUACUCGAGCAAACCCUAAGCCUCUCAAGCAACCAAUUGGCCAAAUACCCCUUGCCCGAGUUACCCCAAGUCGUCCCUUCGCAUCAACUCGCAUUGACUAUUGUGGCCCGGUGUUUGUUAAGUCCCCGAACCGUAAAUCUGCUCCCACCAAAGCCUAUAUUGCCCUAUUUGUCUGCUUUAGCACAAAAGCAGUUCACAUUGAGCUUGUGGGGGACCUAUCCACAGCCUCAUUUCUCUCUGCUCUACAACGUUUCGUGGCCAGACGUGGCAAACCUCAAUACAUCUACUCCGACAAUGCCACAAAUUUUGUUGGAGCUCGAAACGAGCUACACGCUCUCUACGAAAUGUUCUCAAGCCCCAAGGAAACCGAUCGUAUCGCUACCGCUCUCACAACCGAGGGCAUACAACCGACGGAAAGAUUACCAAGAAUCGAAUUCUUUCCAGGGGAGGUGCAGCUACAUUGUUUCACGGACGCCUCCGAAUCAGCCUAUGGAGCCUGCAUCUACGCUCGGACGGAGAAGGCCAACGGGGAGGUGAAGGUGGUACUACUAGCGGCGAAAUCCCGAGUAGCACCGCUUCAGAGACGCAGCAUCCCGAGACUAGAAUUAUGCGCUGCUCAGCUAGGCGCUCGCUUAUCGACGAGAGUUGUUGACACACUGGACCUGAAAUCUACACCCAUCUACUACUGGACCGAUUCGAUGGUGGUUAUUUAUUGGCUACGAGCACCAUCACAAACCUGGAAAACCUUUGUGGCUAACCGAGUGGCAGACAUUCACAUCCUAACGAAGAACGCAUCAUAG